AUACCUGCAUAUUCAGCACUUUGAACCACUCAUUGCAAACGAGUGGACCAAUUUCAAGAUAGCCAUGCUUAACAUGUUAUCAAACUCUUUUGCAUAACAUAUCUGACCCUGCAUUCCUCACCACUGGUAUUGGCAUUUGUCACCCUUGGAGCUUCGACACAUACACAUAUCCAACUCUUCAAAGUAAUCCCUCCAACAAAACAAAAAACAUGGUUAUGGUUGCAAGUAAUGGCGAGAAAAAGGAAGCAGAAGAUGCUGUGAAUUUCCGAGGUCACCCGGCUGACAAGUCCAAAACUGGAGGGUGGCUAGCAGCAGGGCUCAUCUUAGGUACUGAACUAGCAGAAAGAAUAUGUGUUAUGGGCAUAUCCAUGAACUUGGUGACCUAUUUAGUUGGAGAUUUGCAUCUCCAUUCAGCUAACUCUGCCACCAUAGUUACCAAUUUUAUGGGAACUCUGAACCUUCUUGGUCUCCUUGGUGGCUUCCUAGCUGAUGCUAAACUUGGCAGAUACCUCACUGUUGUUAUAUCAGCAACCAUAGCUGCAGUGGGAGUGUUUUUGUUAACUCUGGCCACAACCCUUCCUUCCAUGAUUCCCCCUCCAUGCAGUGCAGUCAGAAGACAACACCAUGAGUGCAUUGAGGCCAGUGGCAAACAGUUAUCUUUGCUAUUUGCAGCCCUUUACACCAUAGCAGUGGGUGGUGGAGGGAUAAAAUCCAAUGUCUCAGGCUUUGGAUCUGAUCAGUUUGACAUAACAGAUCCCAAGGAGGAAAGGAAUAUGAUCUUUUUCUUCAACAGAUUCUACUUCUUUAUCAGUAUUGGGUCCUUAUUCUCUGUGAUAGUGCUGGUAUAUGUGCAAGACAACAUAGGAAGAGGGUGGGGAUAUGGAAUUUCAGGUGGAACAAUGUUGGUUGGUGUUGCUGUUUUGCUUUGUGGUACCCCAAUCUACAGAUUCAAGAAGCCUAGAGGGAGUCCUUUAACAGUUAUUUGGAGGGUAUUGAUUUUGGCUUGGAAGAAGAGGACCCACCCUAUCCCUUCACAACCUACCUUGCUCAAUGGUUACCUUGAAUCCAAAGUCCCACAUACAGAGAGGCUCAGGUUCCUUGACAAAGCUGCAAUCCUAGAUGAGAACAGCUCAAAAAAUGGAAGCAAGGAAAACAUAUGGAUGGUUUCCACUGUAACUCAGGUUGAGGAGGUUAAAAUGGUAAUCAAGCUCCUUCCAAUUUGGUCUACAUGCAUCCUCUUUUGGACAGUCUAUUCUCAAAUGAACACCUUCACCAUUGAGCAAGCUACAUUCAUGAACAGAAAGGUUGGAUCUGCAGAGAUCCCAGCAGGAUCCCUAUCAGCUUUUCUCAUUAUAACCAUUCUCCUCUUCACUUCCCUGAAUGAGAAACUCAUUGUGCCAUUAGCUAGGAAACUUACCGACAAUGUCCAAGGACUCACAAGUCUUCAAAGGGUUGGAAUUGGACUUGUUUUCUCUUUUGUUGCCAUGAUGGUUUCUGCAAUUGUUGAGAAAGAAAGGAGGGAAAAUGCUGUUAAGAAACACACUAACAUAAGUGCUUUUUGGCUGGUUCCUCAGUUUUUUCUGGUGGGAGCAGGGGAAGCAUUUGCUUAUGUUGGACAGCUAGAAUUUUUCAUCAGGGAGGCACCAGAGAGGAUGAAAUCUAUGAGCACUGGACUUUUCCUAGCUACACUUUCAAUGGGGUAUUUUGUCAGUAGCUUAUUGGUGUCAAUUGUGGACAAAGUGAGUAAGAAAAAGUGGCUCAAGAGCAAUCUAAACAAGGGAAGGUUAGAUUACUUCUAUUGGCUGCUAGCAGCACUGGGAAUUCUGAAUUUUAUACUCUUUAUUGUCUUGGCAAGGAGGCAUCAGUACAAAGUCCAGCACAACAUUGAGCCUGAAGACAGUGUAGAUAAAGAGCUUGUGAUGGCAAAUGAGGUCAAAAUUGGAGUUGAUGGAAAGGAAGAAGCAUAGUCUAUAUAGUUUUCAUCAAAAACUCAUUUUGUUUGGCAUCAUAUAUGGUGUGCAAGAAGUAAAAGUCAUAUCAUACCUCAUGUCUGUUAAUUUUGGGUGAUUAGGGGAUUUUUUUUUUGGCCAAGCCAAUUGUUAUGCUGUAUUAAGAGUGCGUUUAAAAGGGCUCACUGGAGCUUACUCUACAUUAUAAAUACUAAUGCGAGUGUUUGGGUAAAAGUAUGAAAAUAUCUUAUAA